AAGCAAACUCUCUUUUCUUGACCGUGGAAGGAAUUCUCAAUCCACAAGUAGAAGUUUUUAGCCAUGGAAGCAUUGACACAAAUUGCAUGUGUAUCCGGCGCUGGAAUGGAUACCCGUUUGAACGAAAAUAGAGUUAGUUUGAAGGAAAAAAAAGUGGGAUUAAAGAAGAAGCUGAAAUUGUUAAAGGGAUUGUCCAAGGAUCUCUCUACUUUCUCUCAUAUGGGUUUUGCUUCUACUGAUCAAAACAAUGAUUUGAUCCUUCAGGUUCGGGGCAAAAUGAUCACGGAAGCUGCAGAGAUGUUAUUGAAACAACUGGAGCAAUUAAAAGCAGAGAAGAAAGAAUUGAAGAGAAAAAGAAAACAAGAGAAGGCCAAACUUAAAGCUCAAAUAUCAUGUGAAGAGAAGGCGAUGAUGAUUGUGAGUCAGAGUGGAGUAUGUGAAGAAAACAAAUUGAAUAGUUUUGUAGAGCGGAAGUUGGUAGAUGAUGAGACUAGUAGGUGCAGUGAUGCGGUAACAAAGAUGAUUGAGGUUUGCAUGGGCAACAAAUGCAAGAAAUUAGGAAGUGGAGCAUUAUUAGAUGAAUUUCAGAGAGUAAUGGGAAUUGAGGAGGUAGUUGUUGUUGGGUGCAAGUGUAUGGGUAAAUGCAGAGAUGGACCUAAUGUUAGGCUGUACAAUUCUGAUCACCACCAUACUCAAACUCCAAUUAAUCCACUUUGUAUCGGGGUUGGAUUGGAGGAUGCCAGUGGUAUUGUCACUAAUUUCUUAGCUCAGGAUGCCCAAGACUUGGGUUUGAAUCCUACAUGUUAGCCUUCUGCACCUUGAACGUGUAUGGUUAGGGAGAUUUACUUGUAAUAUUACAAUCUACUUGAAAUUGGAAGUUCUAUUUUAUUUAAA